AUGACUAACGUGUCCCCGCACCUCAACAUUUUACUCCUGGUGUCCCCGCAGAAGACCCUGUAUCCCCCGACGCCCUCCCGUAUGCGCACCGAAGCCUCCGAACAGCUUCAGCCCACAGAGUCUUCCGAGCGAGCAACCUCGACAGAGACAGAUGUCAACAGGGGCACGGGAAAGGCUUCUCAGGGCAAGAACCUUGGGUGGGCCCCUCCCGAGGGCCACAGACCCAUGACUUAUGGGUACGCGAUGCCAACGACGGCACGACCGCUGCAGCGAGGAAAGGACUUUGGGGAAGCGUCCCCCCCAGGGGCGACACUGGCCAUAGACAGCCUUAGAGUCGUGCCGAGGGAGAGGCAAGUAGUUAGCCCCGAGAGCCUAGGCUUCUCGCCGGCUUUUCAGUUCACGUCUGAGCGAUCGGUGGCGUUCGGCGACAAAGGAAUACGGUCACAGCCACACAGCAUCGGCUCUGUGGAUGCAGCGCGUGGCCCUCAUGGGGGCAUGGCGUCGUCUGUAGUAGAUUCUUCGAUUUCCCUGGGUUCAGUUGGCCUGCCUUGGGAAUCAGCGCCAUCGCAUCGCUUCCUCCACACACCUGCAGCGGCCGCGCGACCAGGAUCCCCCACCAAGACCCCGUUGGGGAGCGGCAGCGGGCGCCCGGCGACGACGACGGGAGUGGGGGCACGAGGGACCAGCGGGAAGCAGGCGCACAAAAGCCCACCCGAGGGGCUAAUGAGGAGGCUCUGGGAGGUGGCCCUGCUAACCCUCUUGCUCGUCACCCCGGCAGCAGGGCACUUCGACCGAGGGGGACCCCAGCAUCGCAUCACGUGGGGCCGGGGCAACACAGCCAACUCUGCGGUCUUCGGAGACACGCCCACCAACGUCACAGCCGUACUUGGUCAUCGCGCCCGCCUCCCCUGCCAGGUCAAGAAUCUCGGCCUCAAGGACGUUUCGUGGAUCAGACAGAGGGACCUCCACAUACUCACCGUCGGGAUCUUCACCUACACCAGCGACGAUAGGUUCAAGGCUCUCACUGCUUCGGGCGACGCCAGUUUUUUCAUUAAAGGAUCAAACAAUGCUUAUGACUUAGUGGACGAGGCCUGUCCCCCACCUCCUCCUCGUCUUCCUAUUAUUUCUAACUGCUUCCCUUUUCCUCGCCUGGCCCCUCCAUCCCCCCUCCCUGGCCAGGUCUUCCACCCGCCGGAGACCGAGGACUGGUACCUGGAUAUCAGCAGCGUGACCUUUAGAGACGCCGGCGUGUACGAGUGCCAGGUGUCCACGAGCCCGAAGGUGUCUCUACCUGUCUACCUCACGGUGCUAGGUGUGCAGGAGGCAGACAUCCCGGGGCCCAGCGAGGUGUUCAUCCAGCACGGCUCCACAAUCAGCCUCCUCUGCGAGGUUCGGGCGGGCGUGGAGGCGGUGGGGCCCGUGCAGUGGCUCAGGGGCUCGACUCCCCUCAACUACAGCUCCCCGAGAGGCGGUAUCAGCAUGGAGGUGGAGAAGACGCCAACGCAGACCACUUCGAAGCUGUACAUCACGCGGGCGGUGCGGGGCGACUCUGGGAACUACACGUGCGCACCGCAGUUCGCCCGCCCCGACUCCGUCAUCGUGCACGUGGUCAACGCUGGCGAAGAGUCUGCUGCAGCCGUGCACAGCGGCGCCGCGAGGGGACCAGAGGGGCGCCUGGCGUGGAGGGCAGCUGCAGCAGCCGCCGCCGUCGUGCUCGCCACCUGCGUCCUGCCCGGUCUGCGGUGAGGAGCCACGGUCAAAAGUUGCGUCGUGUACAGUUUGGAAUGUCUCUCGUCCCUCCUUGCCCUCAGUUAACAGGUGCGGUUGUUUAACACUGUCCUCCCUCUCCCAGCGUGUGUUGAUAAGGGUGACGUGUGCAGAGUCCUAGCUGGCAUCUUGACUCCUUUCCCAUCCCUCACCACCUACCUCCUCGAGAGCCUCGCUGCUCUCUCUUCCGAAGCACGGGACUUCCUUCCGCAUCUCCAGGACGCCAAGAGCCUUUCCCAGUCCCCCGAGGAGCGGCAGGACCCUUAGGACACGCGGCUUCUCCUAGACCUCAAGAACUCUUCCAUC